ACUUCCGCCAGGGAGUUAUGCUGAGUCUUACUAUUCCCUUCCUCCCCGGCUGGUGUGGGAACCAAUGUGCGGCCUAUGUUUCCGGGGGAAGGCAAUGCAGGCGGAAGACUGGCUGUUCGUGGGCUUGGAACAUCUGCUGGGGAGAGUGUAACACGCUGGCGAGGAUUUACAGUGUUUGGAAAGCUCUGGGAUCACUUCUACAUUUGUCACUUGGGAUAGAGAUCUAACAGCCCUCUCCCCUAAGCCAUGGCGGACCUUGAGGCUAGUAAUUGCAGGCCCCUCUCUCCUGUUGAGCUGUAUAAUCAAGUGACGAUGCAAGGGGACAAAGUGCGAGCAUUGAAAACCGAUAAGGCACCGAAGGAUGAAAUUGAUGCUGCGUUGAAGCUUCUUCUGGCUCUGAAAGUGGACUAUAAAAAUUCUGUAGGGCAAGAUUACAAACCUGGCUCCCCCCCAACAGAUGUCACCUCUGUUCCCAACAACGGGCUGCCUGCUGCAAGUGAUGGCGACGACUUUGUUGAUCCAUGGACAGUGCAGACAGGGAGUGCGAAGGGGGUGGACUAUGACAAACUUAUAGUUCGGUUUGGAAGCAGCAAAAUCGAUCAGGAGCUUAUUGAUCGGAUAGAGCGUGUCACUGGGCGCAAGGCGCACCACUUCCUGCGCAGGGGGAUCUUCUUUUCACAUAGGGACAUGCACCAGAUUCUGGAUGCUGUGGAGAAGAAGAAACCGUUCUACCUGUAUACAGGGCGAGGGCCGUCGUCGGAGGCAAUGCAUGUAGGCCAUCUCAUUCCCUUUGUCUUCACCAAGUGGUUACAGGACGCGUUUGACGUGCCGCUGGUUGUCCAGAUGACGGAUGAUGAGAAGUAUCUCUGGAAAGAUCUGACCAUAGAGAAAGCCUAUCAGUACACUAUAGAGAACGCCAAGGACAUUAUAGCAUGUGGUUUUGAUGUGGACAAAACCUUUAUCUUCUCCGACCUGGAAUAUAUGGGGCAGAGUUCUGGUUUCUACAGAAACGUGGUGCAGGUCCAGAAACACGUCACCUUCAACCAGGUGAAGGGAAUAUUCGGCUUCACAGACAGCGACUGCAUUGGUAAGAUCAGCUUCCCCGCCAUCCAGGCAGCACCGUCCUUCAGCAGCUCUUUCCCGGAAAUAUUCCAUGGCAGGAAAGAUAUCCAGUGCCUCAUCCCGUGCGCUAUUGACCAGGAUCCUUACUUCAGAAUGACCAGAGACGUGGCACCAAGGAUCAGCUGUCUUAAGCCAGCCCUUCUCCAUUCUACCUUCUUCCCAGCAUUACAAGGAGCGCAGACCAAGAUGAGCGCCAGCGACCCCAACUCCUCCAUUUUCCUCACAGACACCGCCAAGCAGAUCAAGACUAAGAUUAACAAGCAUGCGUUCUCCGGGGGAAAAGACACUGUAGAAGAACACCGGAAGUAUGGCGGCAACUGUGAGGUUGACGUGUGCUGCAUGUACCUGACGUUCUUCCUUGAAGAUGAUGAGAAGCUUGAAAAAAUUAAACAAGAUUAUGCCAGUGGUGCGUUACUCACGGGGGAACUGAAGAAAACCCUGAUAGAGACAUUACAGCCCAUGAUUGCAGCACACCAGGAGCGACGGAAACACGUCACAGAAGAGAUGGUGAAGCAAAUGAUGACUCCACGGAAGUUGGCCUUUGACUUUUAGCAUCUUCUAGAAGCUUUCCCUGUUGGCUGUAAUUUAUCAAUAAACACAUUCUGCAUAUUCCAGAA